CAGACAGUGACGUCCACUGGUUCGCGGCGCUCGGCGAUGACGUCACUGUGGGCGGAAGUGAAGGAGAGUUCCAGAAAGAGCGGCGGCGCGCGAGACACACAAACACACAGGAAUAACAAUAAGAACUCUUAUAAUAAUAAUAAUAGUAAUAAGAGCGAUUGUACGCGGCUUUAUAACGGAGCAGACGCGUAAGUGACCGUCAUGACGACCAUCGAUUACAGUGUGUGGGAUCAUAUCGAGGUGUCCGAUGAUGAAGAUGAAAUACAUCCAAACAUCGACACACCGAGUCUGUUCCGCUGGAGACACCAGGCUCGUGUGGAGCGGAUGGAGGUCUUCAUGAAGAAGGGCGAGGAGCUGGAGAAGAGCCUGAUGGAGAGCCGGAGGAAGCUGGCGGAGGCGCAGCGGCGGGUGCAGGAGCUCGUCUCGGCUUCCACUCCGGAGGCUAAAGCCGAUCUGGCCAAAGCCCAGGAGGAGGAGAAGCAGCUGAAGAAGCAGGAGAGGUCGUGGGAGAAGAAGUUGCAGGAGCAUCGCAUCGAGGAGAAGAAGAUGCCCUGGAACGUGGACACGCUCAGCAAGGAGGGCUUCAGUAAGAGCGUCGUCAACGUCAAGCCGGAGAAGGAGGAGGAGACGGAGGAGGAGAAGGAGGAGAAACACAAAACCUUCGUGGAGAAAUACGAGAAGCAGAUCAAACACUUCGGGAUGCUCCGGCGCUGGGACGACUCUCAGAAGUACCUUUCUGACUAUCCUCACCUGGUCUGCGAGGAAACGGCGAAUUAUCUGGUCAUCAUGUGCAUCGAUCUGGAGGUGGAGGAGGUAAUGCUGUGUGUGUGUGUUACCAUCGUCAUGCAGUUCAUCCUGGAGCUCUCCAAGAGUCUGAAGGUGGAUCCUCGCGGCUGCUUCCGCCAGUUCUUCGCCAAAAUCAAGACCGCAGACCAGCAGUAUCAGGACGCCUUCAACGACGAGCUGGAGUCCUUUAAGGAGCGAGUGCGCGGACGAGCCAAGAUCCGCAUCGAGAAAGCCUUGAAGGAGUACGAGGAGGAGGAGCGGCAGAAGCGCCUGGGUCCCGGCGGCCUGGAUCCAGUGGAGGUGUACGAGUCGCUGCCUGCGGAGAUGCAGAAGUGCUUCGACGAUAAAGACAUUCAGAUGCUGCAGGACGCCAUCAGCAGGAUGGACCCGACGGAGGCCAAACACCACAUGAAGCGCUGCAUCGAGUCGGGACUGUGGGUCCCGAACGCACGAGCGGACGAAGAGGGAGAGAAAGAUAAAGAGGAAGGCGAUGAGCCGCAGUAUGAGGAAGUGAAGAAAGAAGAGCAGUGACCCCUGACCCCGCCAGACCCCAGAGCCAUCUGAUGAGAUCAGUGCUGAAGCAGAUCCCGAGCACGUCUCUCUCUUCUCUCAUCAUCACUGUUUGUUAUUCAUGCAGUCUUCUGUAGACGCUCUCCCAGCGCUUCCGCUCUCUUACGCCACGCUCUCUUACGCCAUCCUCACGCUCAUCUAAAGCCAGAUUGUGUGUUUGGGUUUGAUUAGCCGUUACUCACAGGUCAAUGAAGAUCUGCAGUAUUAUAGAUAGAGGAGACAGUCCAGAUGAAUACUAAUAAUGAACUGAUUUAUUUGUUGGAUGCUGGUCUCUUUUUGUUCAUAUGAUUCACACUGCUCUGUUAGUGCUGUAUGUUCAGUUUGUAUCAGAAUAAAGUCGUGGGCUGAUGGGAAA